AUGAAAAAUCAUAUGCGUGUGCAGGUUACGGAUCCCGUUCAGUUGGUGUGUUCGAAAGGUGGUGACCUCACGUUACUCAGGGCCGUGGCGUCGUUGGAUUACACCGAGGAGUCGUCGGACAUACCUUGCAUGUUGGACCAGAGAGACACUCUACGGAUGGCCAUGUCUAAACCACAGGUGCAAAUCGUAGUAUACGAAACACAUUCCCGGUUGGAGUUGGAAAACGGUGGCAUGGUCAAGGCGGUGGUCGAAGAGAUGAACGGAUGGGCGUACGAGAAGCACAACAUGGACAAUUAUUCAUCUGUGAGCGCCGACGAUAGCAACAAAUUCAGCACUUCUGUUGAGACACCCUGGCGACCGGCGGUUUUCCAUCCGGUUCAGAUUCCUGACAAGGAUCGGUUUGAAACAAUGAUACUGUAUCCAGAUAAGUCAAUUGAGAAUAUGGAGAAGAAUCAUGUUACUGGAAGCCUUUAUUUGGCGGCCGUCAAAAGGGUGGAACUGAUGACUUUUGAUGCAAACCAUUUGAUACGAAUGGCUGAGCAAAGAGGACUAUUUGGCAAGCCUGUGAAGGGACGCAAACAAAAGAUCCCCAGUCCCAUUAUAUUGUUGUCUCUGACCAAUAGCGAUGAACCCAGAGUGAUGUUGAAAUUUGAGCAAAUGCACGUUUUGGUGCCUACACAUGCAUUUCUACAACGUUGUGCCAACAAAACACUACAAUGUCCUCGUUUUGGUAAACCUUAUGACAACACAUCCAUACCUACCCGUUGGUGGAGAAUAAGCGUACGCCAUGUAAUCAGAGCAUUGAGGAAACCUUUUUUUGCUUGGACCAAAGUGCAAAUGGUUAGAUUUGGAAAACGUACAAAUAGAAUACCACUAAGAUUGAAAAAAGUCACUACAUCUUUCCAACCGCAAAAAACAAAACGGAUUUAUUUGUGUUCAUAUAUAUGUUAG